AUGGACUUUGUAGCUAAUUGUCCAAUCACAGACUGUCAUUUGAAACUCCAUGAUGCAGACGGCGUGCGAACUGUCUGCGAACGCGAUUUAACGACACGGCACGACGACACAGACACCAUGUCGCUUCCCAGCUAUGGGCUGUUUUAUUUCCCAGACAAUGACAUGGUGAAGGUGGACAGCACCGAUAUCAUUUUAAAACCGCACAGACGACCAGAAUUUGUAGUGCAGUCCCGCGAACAACUUCACAGUGAAGAGGGCUACAUCGAGGUGCGCCUGCCAAGUCGCAGCCGCAAUGGACAGACGAAAAACCUUGCAGCUAAAAUUCUUCUUCUUGGUGAUGUUUACAAAGACUUAAUUGUGAAGAGAGAUGCGUUUAAGAAAGGAGAAGACAUCUGGAAGACCACCACCCAGCAAACAUCCUUAAAGAUUGUACGUACAUCACAAAAUGCAGCUGAUGUUGCAAUGGGAGACAAACUCAAAAGAGACAUCCAGAACUUACAAAAGAAAAAAGUACCACCGAUAACCUCUACUCCAGUGUCAGAGGAUUCUGAUAACACAGACAUUGACCUGUUUGAUAACACAGAGCAGAGAAGAUCAAGGAAAAGAUCUGCACUGGACAGUGAUGACGAAGAAGAAUUUACUGGAAACAAGGAGUGUGACAACAGUGUUUUGCAGAGGACAUCUCCACUGAACACUCCUGUCAUGCUUGAUGGUGAUGUUGUCAAAGCAUUAAAAGAGCUUCCUGGGUUAGUAGCAUCUCUCAAAGAUGUCUUGGAGUCUAUGGAUAGAGGAAGAUCAUGCAGCUCAAGUUCCAGUGAGCUGUCUCUUGCUGAUUCCUCGGAAAUGAUUUCCCUUGCUGAGUCUGAUGUAAAAGUCCCCCGGAGGAUGUAUGACAGACUGAAUAAGUCACGAGUUUCAAUUUUUACACAGGAAUUGGUCUCUUUAGUUUUUGGAAAAGAGAAACUAGCAAGAUGUACUCUGACCGGGAAGUCUGGAAAUCAAACCUCAAAAGACCAAUUGGACCCUCACAAAGUUGCUGUUGUCAUAGAUACUGUAAUUAAACAAUUUCCAAACACUACAGUGUCAGAGGUGCGAGCCCUCAUUCGCAGGAUGUGCAAUAAUGAGGCAAACUCGAAGAGCAGUCGCGCUUCUCUGGAAAUAUGAGGAUAGUGAUGUUUCAGUUGGUUUGUUUGUUAAAAAUGCAUUUUAUUGACCUUUGUUUUUCUGUAUUUGGAAUAACUGCAUGGAUCUAUUGGUUGUUUGUUAAAAAUGCACUUUAUUUGUUUCUUUAGUGUUUUUUGUUGGUUCGUUUGUUUGUUGUAUCUCUGCAGGUCGGCAAAAUUUUAUGUGAAGAUGUUUUUCUAAAGAGUUUACAAAUGCUGCUGUGUAAUGUACACCAAAUGUAAAAAAAAAUACAUAAGUUUGUAUUUUUCAAAAUGCGUAUUUUACAUAUUUUUAAUCUGCAAGAAGUUUUUGGCAUUGUGUUGAAAAUGCAGUAUUGUCAUACUAAAUUGUUCUGCAGGUCGGCAAAAUUUUAUGUGAAGAUGUUUUUCUAAAGAGUUUACAAAUGCUGCUGUGUAAU